UACACUUACAAGGAGUUAGGGAAGAGAUGGAGUGAGAUAGAUGAUGUUGUUGAGGGGGAAAUUGAGUGAGGCGUGAAUGUGGGCGGCGCCCGGUACACUGUGUGGUGGUCGGCGCAGGUCUCCCCCGAGUGUGUCCUGAGUGCGUGUGCGAGUGUGUGUGUGUGGGAGAGUGUGUGAGGCCAGGAGAGUCUCGGAGCAGCAUGGAGGCCCUCAUCCCCGUCAUCAACAAGCUGCAGGAUGUGUUCAACACGGUGGGAGCGGACGCCAUCCAGCUGCCGCAGAUCGUGGUGGUGGGCUCCCAGAGUUCUGGAAAAAGUAGCGUCUUGGAAAGCCUUGUGGGACGAUCUUUUCUGCCACGAGGAACUGGAAUAGUCACACGGAGACCAUUAGUACUCCAGCUUGUGUACACAUCAAUUGAUGACAAUCAGCACCGAUCACAAGAGGCAGGUAAAUCAGUUCGGCAAUGCUCACAUGAUGUUACGCAGUGCCCUCGUGCUCCUCCCCGCAAGAAGGGGGGAUCCAGACAUAGCCUCAAUGAUCCCCCUGCUUCAGGUACUCUGGAACUAAAUGAAUGGGCCCAGUUUCUUCAUAUCAAGGAUAAAAUAUUCACAAAUUUUGAUGAAGUCCGGGAAGAAAUUGAUAGCGAAACUGCCAGGAUAGCAGGCAGGAACAAAGGGAUAUGUAAUGAGCCCAUUAGACUAAGAAUAUUCUCUGAUAAAGUUGUGAAUCUGACUGUGGUGGAUUUGCCAGGUUUGACCAAGGUUCCAGUUGGGGAUCAACCAGAGGACAUAGAAUCACAGAUUCACGAGUUGAUUUUAUUUUAUAUUGGGAAUCCCAAUUCCAUCAUCUUGGCAGUCACCCCAGCCAAUAUGGACAUGGCCACAUCCGAAAGCCUCAAGAUGGCCAAGGAAGUGGAUCCCGAUGGUCGACGAACCUUGGCUGUUCUCACAAAGUUGGACCUGAUGGAUGCUGGUACUGAUGCCAUUGAUACAUUGUGUGGGCGCGUCAUACCAGUGAAACUUGGCAUCAUUGGUGUUGUGAAUCGGUCUCAACAAGACAUCAUUGAUGAAAAGUCAAUAAAGAAUGCUCUGACUGAUGAGGCUGCUUUUCUCCAAAGGCGAUACCCAACCUUAGCAAACCGUAAUGGAACACCGUAUCUGGCCAAGACACUUAAUAGGUUGCUGAUGCACCACAUCAGAGAUUGUCUGCCAGAGCUGAAGACCCGUGUGACAAUGAUGAUGUCUCAGUUCCAAUCACUACUAAAUAGUUACGGAGAUGAUGUACAGGAUAAGGCACAAACGCUCUUACAAAUCAUCACUAAGUUCAAUGCUGCAUAUUGCCAGACAAUUGAGGGCACAGCAAGGAAUAUUGAAACUACGGAACUAUGUGGAGGUGCACGUAUUUGUUACAUAUUCCAUGAAACAUUUGGCCGCACUCUGGACAGCAUUCAUCCUUUGGCUGGGCUUACACAAAUGGAUAUUCUUACAGCCAUUCGUAAUGCUACAGGGCCCAGACCUGCCUUAUUUGUUCCUGAGGUUUCGUUCGAACUGCUAGUGAAGCGCCAAAUACGCCGCCUUGAAGAGCCUUCCAUGCGGUGUGUUGAGUUGGUACAUGAAGAGAUGCAGAGAAUCAUUCAAUUUUGUGGAACCGAGGUACAACAAGAAAUGCUGAGGUUUCCAAAGCUACAUGAAAAAAUUGUUGAUGUUGUCACACAGUUACUACGCAGACGUCUGCCACCCACCAAUGCAAUGGUGGAAAAUCUUGUUGCAAUAGAAUUGGCUUAUAUCAACACCAAACAUCCUGAUUUUCGGCCAGAUGCUUCAUUAGUGUCAACUCUCGCAGCUGACGAAGAGAAAGCUCGUAACAUUCCAGUUCGGCGGGCACAUGGAAAUGCUCCUUCUACUUACGAACAGGACCUAAGGGAACAGUCUAAGCGUGGAGAGUUGAGGCAUAAUGACAGCUUUGGUAGUAGACCAAGUCUUCAGGAACACCAAAUGAACCUAAAGUUUGGUACUUUGGAGAAAAAUUUUUAUCCAGAGGAUUGGUAUAAAGUAUAUGGGAACGUAGUCAAUGUGCACCAGCAUGGAGAGCAGAUGAAACAGGCCUCUGACCCUUGCCAACAAAACCCGUGCAAUAUUUUUGACUCCCACUUGAGGAAUUGGGCUACACCCAAGAGGACCAAUGUAGCUGUCAAACAACAGCAUAAUAUACCUCGAUAUAUUGCUGACCCACCACUUGUUCGCCCAGCUAAUGUUGAUCUUGCAUCAAAUGUUAACAACAAGGAUCAGGCAAAUAGCCAGAACUGGUUUUCGUCCCUCAUUGCCGGACCCAGACCAGAAACAACUGGACCAAGCAAAGAACAGUCACAGGAAAACUCGCCUAAUAUGACACCCACUCAUCAGAUGCCCCUUCACUCGCUAAGCAGACAUGAGCAUUAUUGGACCUAGUGUUUACAUAAUGAAUCAUUUAUAACAGAAUGCAAGGAAUCUUUGAUGGCCGAGCAACCAACGUGUUGGUGCUAGAUUAUUCAGUGGAGCUCUUCCUUGUGGAUCACACAUGAACUACCGACCUACAUAUACCUACCAAAAUGGUCUAAAUACCAAUAUAUCUAAAAUGGUCACCACCACCCCACCCCCACACUCUUCCUUACUUCUAUCCCACUCUUCAGGUGAGACUUACAUCUAUAGCUGUCAUUUUUUGCUUGGUACAGGGAAGGGAACUAUCAGGAGAAAGUGCCAAGCCUUUAUGAAUAUUUAGCACUUGGAAGGGAUCAGGAUAAGGAUUUGGAAUAGAAUGGGACGGGGAAUUGAAUUCCGAACUGCAUGAAGCGAGGUAGUGAUUCUAACGUCCAGUCCGCACAGGACUGGCACGCAGUACUGGACGUCGUAUUCUCCAUAGUUCACCCUUUUACACAUCCUCUAUAGUUAACUUCCUAUUCAGUUGGGACAUUCAAUAUUACCAUAUUUAUUGUUUUGAAUUUAAAGAAAAUAUAUUUUCCUGAAAGGAUUUAAGUGACAUACUUAAAUAGUUUUUUAACAUAGUAAAUGGCUUAUGCUUCCAGAGCACUCAUCAUAUUGUAUUAGCUCUUGUUUCAAAUUAUCUACAGUAUGCUUAUGUUCUUGAGAUUGAUCAGUCACAGAUCACUUGUCUGUCUUGAGUAUUCCAUCAGAAUUUAUAAAGCCUGGUUGUAAGUAAAUCAUUAUAGUCUGUUCAGCUACUAGCAUACUUGAGCUUUCGUUUGUGAACUUUCUGAAACUGUCAUUCGACUAAUUCCAUCAAAAGAUUUUGUCUCCAUGGCCAACCUUAAAGGUGUUUAGAAACUCAAUUUACUCGUGAAUUAUAUUCCACAACCUGAGAAUAUACAGUACCGUGUACUUAAAUGUUGUUGACAGAAUAACUUCUCAUUAACAUGUCAUUCUUGCAUGUGUACCUGCAGUCUGUCAUAACUGCUACCGGAGCUUAAAAUGCCCUUAUCUGGCAGGGAAACUGCACCUUCGUUUAGGGGCUUGUCUCGCCCCCUCAUUUGAUUCCUCGCAUGACACUAACACAUUUUCUAAUGUAAGAGUAAUUCUUUGUUAGUGUGAGGACUUAAUUCGAGGACAUGUUUGACUAAUUGAGACAAUGUGAAGUGAAUGACUAGGUUGUGUGGGAUUGUUUUAUAAGGAAUAUCUUACAUUUUGUCGAUCAAUUUUUUGGUUUUCUCCUUUCAAAAUUUGUGGCCACUGCAAUAUCCGGAGAAUGCUUCUACGUAUCAUCUUGAAACUUUCAAGACUUGAAUGUGAUGAUGUCUUGCCAAUAGGGAGGUUCCUAUUGAUAUAGAGCCAUGUUGAUUCUUGGUGGCAGAUUUGAGAAUUGUUUUAAAAAUCAUUCAAUGAUAUGGAAAGAUGGUGUAAGAUUUUGAGCAAAAUCUUGAAAACUAAUAAGCAGAACUGCACCAAAAUUUGUACAUACACUUCCUGAUGGUAUGGGAUAUUCCCAGUACUGGGAAUAUCCUGGGAAUAUAAUUGGCUGCAUAUGGAAAAUUUGUCUAAAGAGGUAGUUUUUUUUGUAUCACAAGAAAGGUUAGAGAUGUUUGAAUGAAACUCAAAUCGACUUGACAAUGGUCCAGGAUGGACCGAAAUGUCAUCGUCCCUUCACCUUCUAGUGUGUGGUCUGGUCAACAUACUUUAGCCACGUUAUUGUGACUCAUCGCCUGCAAAUGAAACUCAAACAUUCCUGUCUUAAAAUCACACAUUAUAGCAAGUAAAUAUCAUAAUCCUAAAAAACAAUCAUUGUUUCUUGAUAAAUUUGUUAACCUCUGGUAAAAAUAAA